AUGGAACCAGACACCCUGCGGCCUUCAGAGGAGAAGACCGAUCCUUCUGAGCGGCUGGAGAAAGCCAAGAAGCUGAAGGAAGAGGGCAAUGCGAAGUUCAAAGUGGAGGACUUCCCUGGUGCCCGCAAGGCCUAUGCUGAGGCCUUGAGGAUCACGCAGAAGAUGCCGGAAGGCGGGGUGAUGACCUGUGAGUACAAUGGAUUGACGUGCCAUGGAUGGAAGGUUCAUUGGUCUAUCAUCAGAUGGAGUCGCAAGAUACCAAUCUUUUGA